UUUUUUAACCAGGAAAACAACACAACAUCAUUAUUGUUAAUUCAGUUGUUUGUUUUCUCAAUUGUUUUUUGUUUCAAUCAAGUGAUUAAUCAACUUUAAUAGUUAAACUUUAAUCCAUCUUAAUCUUUGUUAAUCCACUGAUUUAAUUACAAAGACAAACUCAAUGUUACCUUGUAUUUAUUUCCUCCUAAUUACAAUAUUGUCUCAGAAUAAUUUAAUUUCAGGAAUUCCAUUGGAUUUACCUGAACGAAAUGCUUAUGGUGAAGUACAUUUAAUAUCAACAUUAACUAAUCAGUUAACUGGAGAUGUCACUUCCAUGGAGGAAUAUCUAUCAACCAAAAUGUACAACGAACGAGGUAAAAUUAAGGUCAAUCGAAGCGAUCAGAGUUACACCAUUUUCUACAAUGAGAAUGAUGAUUUUCGCCUCGUAAUGACUGAAACCGAUUGUCAGGUUUAUAAAUAUAAUGAACGUAAAUGGGAUAAAAAACUUCCCUUUGUUGACAACGAACUGGAAAAUAUACUAAUCAUGUUUGGACCAACAAUUUACUAUCGGAUUCAGGCGAUGAUGAUUGAUACACCGGUCGGAAAGUCACCAUUGAUUUGGUUUAAUGGAGAUUCGGAAAUUGUCCGAGGAAUACAAAUGCAAACAACUCGAACGACAAUUGAAAAUACUUUGAAUGUUACCGUUUACAGACAAGGUUUCUAUGUAACCGAUGAACCUUAUCGAGUUGAAUUUGAUGGAUUUCUAUUGGAAACAUUAUCGUCAUCAACAGGUAAUCAAUUUCUAACGAUUGACUUUUACCUUGUUGAAAGUUUAACCGAUUUAAGCUACGAAGUUGCUCCAACACCAGGAAUAGGAUGUAUUGAAUACUUGGAAAAAGCUAAAUCAUUUCCAAAAGAUGAAGAGAUGGGUUUAACUAAUAAUUUUUAUUUCUCUGCCAUUGAGACAACCGAUCAAGGGAAUGAGAUAUUUUUAAAGAUGUUUGUUGACUCUCCAGCUAAAGUUGUACGAUAUAUCGUUGAUUAUGGAGGUGAUUUGAUGGAAACAAUUUACGAUUACAAUUUAGGAAUUUCUUAUUCCUUUGCAUCGUCACAAUGUACUAAAAGCUCAAUGGUCGAUGGGGAUGUCGGUGUAAUUAACGGUAAAUUUAAUGUCAAGGAGCUUCUUUGGCAACGAGGUGAUUUCCUUUAUUUAGGAAAAUUUUUCUAUAAACAUCGAUCUGGUAUAAUUUGUGAUGUUUGGGAAAAAAUUGAUUACAAUUAUGAAUACGAGGGAAGUAAAUACGAUAAAGUUGUUACAACUCAAUAUUUCUUGGAAAAGGCUGAUAUUUCGGGGUUUAUACCUUAUAAUAAGAAACAAACUCUCAUUAGUAUGACCAGAACUUUUUACAAUUUAGACUCUCAGAAAAAUUAUCGUUUGAAUCAAGUACUACGACGGGAUAUUUACGAUCUUGUUGAUUCGAUCCCUGAAUCUGAAUAUCAAACCUUAUUCCAGGUCUAUGAUUGUGACACUAAAAAUGCUGAUAAAUUGUGGUUAAUUUUUGAAAUUGUACCAACAGAUUUUUCCAGAGCAAAUGAAGCAAUUAAAACUGCAGAAAAAAAUUUAAUCAUGUUACGUGAAGGUGUUCGUGAUAAUAUAAUCAAAUCAAUUUCUAUGUCCCCAUUAAGAAUAGCAAACAUCGAAUUUGAUUUCUCAGAUCAAACAAUUAAUUCUCGAAUUAUGUUCAUUGAGAAGCCUACAAUUACAGAUGCGUUGGUUAAAUUAGUGAAAAAAGUUGACAGAAAGUUAAUCAAUCCAUUCACAGAUGAAUUUAAAUCAUUGUUUGAUUGUGUCAGCAAAGUUGCUUUUUAUAGCAAUUCAAAAUCAAUAGCUUGGUGUAAGGAUAACAAUCAACAAUUAUGUUCACCGGUUGAUGAUGUUAAAUCAUUGAAAUCUUCUGGAAAUGAUUUAAUUUCGUGUGAAAUUUACAGUCACCCAGUUGGUGAUUUACGUGAUUUAGUUAAUGAAUUUCCAUUGAAAUCUUUACACGAUGUGUUGAUUAACCGAUCGCAGAAUAGACCGUUCAUGGUUGGACCAAUGGACGAUAAGUCGAAAAUGUUCAAAUUCCAAGUGACCAAUGUCAUCUAUUCGGAUGAAAGUGAACAAUCAACCGAAUCAAAGUUACUCUUUAGUAAAUUGUUUUCCGAAUACAAAUUGAAAACUAAUCAUGAGAAGGUUUUUCCAAUCGAUGAACCAAUAACGACUCUUGGUGAUUGUUAUCAUAUUUGCGAAUCAUCUGAAAAAAUUGAUUGUUCUGGUUUCUCAUUCUGUACUAAUCCAAAGGACCGAUCUAAGGUUUCGUGUCAAUUAACUAAUCAUGUAUUUCUAAUCUCUGAUGAUUUAAAAUCAAGGGAAGCCAUUGAAUCUGAUGUAGAUUGUGACAUUUAUGGUAAAAAUCAUAUUCUUGAUUAUGUAAGAAUCAGUGAUCGUGAAAUAAUUUCCACAGGAAUUGGUGAAUUAACUGUUACCCCUGAUGAAUGUGCUUCCAAAUGUACUAAUUCAGUUGAUUGUAAAUCAUUUAGUUAUUGUGAUAAUGCAAUUUGUGCUCUGAGUGGAAACAUUUACCUUACUCGAUUGUCGAAGCCAAAUGAUAAUUGUAAUUCGUAUAUGUUGAAGAGAACUGAUAAUUUCAAACUAACUGGAACCAAUUUAGUUGAUGGUGUAGUGUUUGUAGAGGAAGGUGUUAAUUUGGAUCAAUGUGCAACAAUUUGUUUUGAUUAUGCUUCUGGUAAUGAUAAAUGUUUAUCAUUUAAUUACUGCCCUAAAGGUAGAGCCCAAUCAACUUGCCAAUUGUCUCAGAGUAAAUUGUCACCAUCGAAAGUUAAUCAUUACCACCAAUCAUCAAGCAAUUUAUCAUUAACUGCCUCUGGUAAUUGUUACCAUUAUGAAUUAACUGAUGGAUCAAAAAUGUUGCUUGAUCCAUCAAAUGAUCAAAAAGUAACAACAAUUAUCACUUCUGCUGGUGGUGGAUUGAUAGCAAUUAUUAUGCUGAUUUGCUUAAUUGUUGGAUUUAUUUAUGGUUUCGUUGGUGAAUACAUUUAUUUACGGGUUAAUAAGCAAUUACCAACCACUAAUUACAACAGUAAUUCAUCAAAUAUUCAAUCAGCAACAUUUUCCUGGUCAAGGCAAGUCGAUGAUGAUCAACAAUCAACAAUCAACAAUUGAACAAUCUAUUGAUUACCAGACAACAGAAAAACUAACCAAUUUUUAAUAUUUAAUGUAAAGUAACAAUUUCGAUCAAAUCUUUGUAAAUAAAAUUAACUAAUCAUUAUAUCGAUGAAAAAUCAACGCAGAUCAUAAUUGCAGCGAAGGUGAGAGAUUAAGACCAUCACAUCCUUGCAUGGAUAACAAUUAGUAUUGUUACUGUGUGUGGAUAUUGUUAAUCGAGGCAAUGAGAGCCGAAAAAAGGUUUUCCAAUAACUGUCGCUACCAAUUUACGAUCCAAUAAAGUUCUGGCUACGAAA